CAAAUUUUGCCAUGAAAAUAAGGAUAAAAAGAGUAUUUUUUCUGUCUUUUGGUGUACCAUGAAUGAUGGCGAACGCGGCAGCAAGACUGUUUGGGUUGUGUUGGAUUAUGUCAGCAAGUUAUGGCUUUAAUCACAAAUCAAAUAGCAUCGGGAACUUUACCAAUGUCACGGCAAAGGACUAUCACUUAAACAAGACAGCUAACCUAACUGAGAAACGCGAUGAAUUGGCUCAUACUUUAAAACAAAUUAACAGUAUUAACAAGAAAGAUGAGGAGGCUAUCCCUCAGGCAAUGACACCUCUUCGUGUCGUCGCAACUUCGGCAGUCAUCAAGGAUCGUUUAAGCAAGCCACGACAACCUCCGAAACCAGUCAAGGCAAUUCACUUAUGGGGAGCUACACCAUAUAAAACUGUUGUAAAUAAUCUCUUAAAUAUGAAUAAUAGAAUAAGACAGCAACAGAAACGACUUUUUCUUCCGUUUCAAAACACCCCACCUUUGCAGGAGCUUGGGGUAGAAGAAAUUCCGCCGAUCUUCAAUCCAAAACAAACGGAUUUUGUACUUCCAGAGAAUGAGCUAGCAGCUAAAGCUGGUAUUGAUACAAAGGAACUUCCACCUUUAAUACAAGAGAACGAGCAUUUUAAGGAGACACCUGAUUUUCCUCUUAUGUUAGCAAGACCUAAUUACGAUCAAAUUACGCCUGAGCUACAACAAGCUGGACCACAGCAGUUUGUAAAACCCCAAGAUGUUUUUUUUAAUCGUUAUUCACAGUUCAACAACCAAGCAAUCCCACCACAGCUAUUGGGUCGUAGUAUGCAACAAAUGCAACAAAUGCAGCACCAUCAUCAUCAUCAUCACCAAGGCACAGGGAAAGCUAAGUGCACUCCUAAUCCUUGUCUAAAUGAUGGUGUUUGCACUGCGUUUUCCAGCGACUAUGAAUGCACGUGUCCUCUAGGAUACAUGGGUAAACAUUGCGAAGACAGGAAUCAAUGUCUUCCAAACCCCUGUAAAAACAGUGGCAACUGUUACCCGACAAAGUCAGGUUUCCAGUGUACAUGUGUCCGUGGCUACAAGGGAGAUAACUGCGAAGCUAUAAGUAAAUGUAUUCCUAAUCCAUGCAAGAACGGAGCCGCCUGUGAGGAACCUGUUUUAGUCCAUGAAGACUAUAAGUGUUCCUGUAAGCCUGGUUAUAAAGGACAAAACUGCCAAGAGGCAGAUUACUGUGGCUUUCGCAACCCUUGUAAAAAUGGAGGAACUUGUAUCAAUGGGCAGAGUAACUUUGCCUGUCGGUGUCGGCAAGGAUAUGUAGGACAUAAUUGUGGAGAUAUUGAUGUGUGCCAUUCCAAUCCAUGUGCUAAUGGGGCGACGUGUACUAGUGAUGGGGCUGGGACGUUCACAUGUCAUUGUCCUUACAGUUAUACCGGGAUCACGUGCGAAGAGAAAAGGUCAAAAUGUGCAUCUUUUCCAUGUCAAAAUGGUGGUAAAUGUCUCGAUGACCCACAUCGUGGAUUUCGCUGCGAAUGCCCUUCAAGAUAUACAGGCAAUUUUUGCCAGACUUUCCGAAGCCCUUGUUGGUCACAUCCCUGUCAAAACAAUGGMAUGUGUAUAGAGACUGGUGAAUCAUAUGUUUGUACUUGCCAGCCAAGAUAUAGUGGAACGACAUGUGAAGUUUUUCUUGGAAAUGGAUGCAGUGGUUGUCAUAGAAAUGCUCACUGCAAAUAUGAAAAAUGUGUWUGCAUAACUGGCUUUGUUGGAAAUGGUUACGCUUGUGAAGAAGCAAGACAUGCACCAACACCUGCUCCUUCCAAAUGUCACCCCAAUCCAUGCUACAAUGGUGGGACGUGCAGCGAGAAUGAAUCAGACUUCACUUGUGAAUGCCCAAAAGGCUACAAAGGACUUACAUGUAAAAUUGUUGAAACGUGCUUAAGUCAACCUUGUCAGAACGGAGGUAUAUGURUAGAAGGCGAAGGUUCUUACACAUGCAGAUGUAAACCUGGCUUCAGGGGAGUCAACUGCGAAGAACCAACCGCAUGUGAUCCGAAUCCCUGUCAGAAUGGAGCUACUUGCAUACCAAGAGAAGACGGGACAUAUUUUUGUAAAUGCAGCAAGCGAUAUCAGGGGAUCCGUUGUGAACAGGACAAGUGCUCCCUGUGUGAUGUACAUGCRCAUUGCGAGGAUGGGAAAUGUGUCUGCGAUAAUGGCUACUAUGGCGAGGGUACUAAGGGUGAAUGCAAAAAGCCAAGCGCAACUAACCCAAGAUUCUGCACUCCAAAUCCUUGCAAGAAUGGUGGUACAUGUGAAGAGUUGCCCAACGGACGCAAUUGUCUUUGUGAACCUGGUUUCAGCGGAGAUAGCUGCGAACUGGACCUCGGYAACCGCCCGCCAACGGAAGAACCGACACCGACACCGAAACCAAAUCCUUGUGCUUCAAAUCCAUGCAAAAAUGGCGGUGAAUGCCUCGUACAGGGAGACAGAUUUCGUUGUCUUUGCGAGGAAGGCUUCACAGGAGCAACGUGCGAACUUYCAGUUCAAAAUUAUUGUCAUCCCAACCCUUGUCUUCAUGGAGGGACUUGCCUUGAGAAAGCUGGAGGGGGCUUUACUUGUAAAUGUGUUGGUGCCUACCGAGGACAGACGUGCGAUGUGGACGACUGUGAUCUGUGUGAUAUUCAUGCAAUUUGUAUCAAAGGAGCGUGCCGUUGUCGAAUUGGAUAUAAAGGAGACGGAUUUCAAUGCGUAAAAAUCAAACGCUGCCAGUUGUGCAACAGAUACGCAACGUGUGUGAACAAUCAAUGCGUAUGCAAUCCGGGAUACACAGGCAAUGGUCAAGUCUGUCAGGCUGCACCAAUGGUAUCAGUCUGUCCAGCACGAUGCGGUAGCACAUGUGACCAGUCAUGCCCACCACACUGUUGCCAAGUUACCCUCACACCAGACGUUUGCCCUAGUGAUUGUUCGGCUACUAAUUGUGGACCAUUAUGCCCUGCAAACUGUUGCAAUCAGCCACCGCCCUGUCCUAGUAGCUGCAAUGCCAAUCAAUGCUUAUCAUGGUGUCCAUUGUAUUGUUGUCAAACGUGUCAACCUUCUUGUAAAGACAACUGUACACCAGAUUGUAGAUUAACGUGCUGCCUGCCACAGCAGACCACAGUACCAAGUAUUGCACCAGCAAUCAUGACAUCAACAUGCCCUUCCCAUUGUGGUUAUGAAUGUGCAUUAAAUUGCCCAAGGCAAUGUUGCUAUAAUCAAGAAAGCAUUGAUACCCAGAAUGCUAUUGGACGGACUACAAUAGACGAUCAUAGUGAACAUUCCGACAUUUCUUCUGAUAGAAAAACAAAACUUUUGUCAAUUCUUGCAUCAGUUCCAAGAAAAAUAUGCCCCGAUGAGUGUGAAACUUCCAGUUGUUCGUAUCUAUGCCCUGCACAAUGCUGUGGGAAAGCUGCAAAUCAAGUAAAAGAUCUAAAAAGAGAGAAAAUAGCAAGAAAGCCGUAAUAUUCAAUUUAAAGGAUGACAAUAACUGUUUGGUUCACUCCUUAUUGAUUUACUUUUGUUGGAAUAAGUCUAAAUUAAGUUUUUUUAGGCAUUAACAGCGAGCCCGAAAAGAACACCAUCAAUGUUUCAAAGAACUUUUUACAAUCGUAGAAAAGACACAAGAAACACUCAUUAUGCCGGGGUACACAACUAUUCAGUGGUGAGAUAGAAGACGACAUGUCGAGAAACCACAAUGAACGUUUGAUUUUGAAUGAUACAAUCAAUAAAUGUAUUAUAUCUUCCGAUUURCUUUAACAUCAAGUCAGAACAAGAACACAAAGUCGUAUUUUCUAAAGAAAAGAGAUGUAUAUUUGAAAGUCUACUUAGUUUUGCAGUGUGUCGCGGCUAAACAAUAAAAUUUACCAAUGCCUGAUUACAUUCUCGUACCCAGAUCCUUAUAACUUUAAUAGCGGAAAAUCAAAGCCUUAGUCUGACUGGAGACGAAUGAAUCUUUGAAGUUUGAUUGGUUCAUAAAUAUUCCCGCGCCCGAUAUCGGACGAUCCAGAUCUUGGUGCGAGAAUUGAAUUGCUAUCAACAGACCAUCCACCAUGAAUUGAGAUGAAUUGAGCGUGUAGCAACUGGUUCAAUUGAGAUAGACAAAUUUGAUGAAUGAAGAAAUCGUAGUUUUACAUGAUCGAAAUGAUAGGUCUCUCAUAUAGACCAAAGUCGUGUCAAUGUUAUUUAGAAUGUUAAAUGAUAGURAUGAGUCUUUUUUUACAUCAAUAAAGAUUCAUGUCGCA